AUGGACGGGCUUGACGAUUUCGAGAAGCAGCUUGCUGCUGAAAAGGCCGAAAGGGAGCGGGACCAGGAGCGUUCUGAGAGGCGUGAGAAGAAGCAUAGACAUCGUCACCAUCAUCGAAGCUCGAGGUCGCCGGAGAGGCGCGAUCGUCGUCGCGAAGAUAGGCAUGACAGGGACAGGAGUCGGGAUCGAGACGGCCACAGAAGCCGGCACCACCGCUCUCGGGAGCACGAUUCUGACGACGAAGGUCACCGCCACAAGCGGUCCCGGCACUCGAGAGGGGACGGCGAAGAUGAAUCCAAGAGGAGCAGGCACAGACAUAGAGACAGGGGCCAUGCCGGCGACGAAGAGCCGGGCUUCAUAACAUCUACGGAUCCGAAGGAGAAACUACCCGCGCCACAGGAAGAGGCACCUCGAGAUGAGGCCCCACUGGAGCGGGACUCCUGGAUGACCGGCGCCAUAGAUAUCGACUACGUUCAACGUGGCAAGAAGGAGAAGACGCCACCGCCAAAGCAGGCCCCAGAACGGGUCAUUCACCACAGAGAGCUGAACACAGGCUUGGGGGGCGCCAGCGGUGCUUCAGCCAACGACCUGGACGAGCUGACGAAUGAAGUCGACUAUACAUUCGGCGACGAAGGCUCAAAAUGGCGUAUGACGAAGUUGAAUGCAGUCUAUAGGACAGCCGAACAGACGGGCCGUUCCGCGGAUGAGAUCGGCGAGGAACGCUUCGGAAGCCUGAAGGAUUUUGAUAACGUGCGAGAGGAGAAAGUCGAAAUGGACAGGCGCAAGGUUUAUGGAGAGGGUUACAAAGGUGCAGAAAAGCCUACUGGGGAUCUGUACCGGGAACGCAUGGCCAAGACGCGUCCGCCACCAAAGGAAGAAUUCUACGACCAUGAUGAUGAGCCGGAGCAAGGGGCUGUCAUGGAGGACGCUGUUCCGCCCGUCGACCAGACCACCCUCAAUAGGAUGCGCGCACAGGUAAUGAAGGCGAAAUUGAGAAAGGCCCCAGACGCUGCGAAACUCGAGGCCGAGUAUAACGCGGCAUUGGCGCGCUUCAACGGCACAGCGAGCGGAGACAAGGCCGUGGUUCUGGACGCCACACACAGUCGAAUGCUCGCAGGGACGCGGAACGAGGUGAAGGCGGUGGAUAACAAGCGCGGCCGAGAGCGCGGUACAGUCGAGGCGAACGAAGACAUGAGCAUUGAGGACAUGGUCCGCGAAGAGAAGCGCACCAGAGGCCAGGCAGGCGGCGAGGGCGGUCGACUUGCAGAGCGUAUUGCCAAGGAUGCCAAAUUCGACGACGACCUGGAAUAUCUGGACGAAAACGCCGAGAAGCUGGCCAAGCGCGUGCACAAAUCCGAGAUCAACCUCAAGAACAUGGCUGUGAACGAGUACCAGAAGAUGAACAAGGUCCUGGACACCUGCCCACUAUGCCAUCACGAGGACCGGGAGCCACCCAAGGACCAGCCCAUUGCGCCCAUCCUUGCGCUUGGGACGCGCGUGUAUCUGACUCUGGCCACAGAGCCAGAGCUGAAGGGCGCGGAGGGCGGGGCCGUUGUCGUUCCCAUCAGCCACAGGACGAAUCUGCUCGAAUGCGACGACGAUGAGUGGGAGGAGAUACGCAACUUCAUGAAGUGCCUGACAAGGCUGUACCAUGAUCAAGGUCGCGAGGUGCUCUUCUACGAGAACGCGGCCGCCCCUCACCGCCGACUACACGCCGCACUAGUAGCAGUUCCCAUCCCGUGGGACCUCGGGGACACAGCGCCAGCUUUCUUCCGCGAGGCUGUGCUCGCGACCGAGGAGGAGUGGAGCCAGCACAAGAAGCUCAUAGACACUGCCAAGAAGGCAAGAGAAGGGGCCGGCAAGCUCGCGUUCCGGAGGAGCAUAGCCAAGGAGAUGCCGUACUUCCACGUUUGGUUUACCAUUGACGGUGGAUUGGGCCACGUUGUGGACGAUGCCUCGCGGUGGCCGAAGGGUGAUCUGUUUGCAAGGGAGAUUAUUGGCGGGAUGCUGGACUGCGAGCCCGACAACAUCAAGAAGCAGGGGAGAUGGAGCAGAGGUGACCCUCGUGCUGAGGCUUUUAAGAAGAGGUGGAGGAAGUUUGACUGGACCAGGGCUUUGACGGAGGGUCAAUGA